AUGUCUGAUCCAGCAGCAGCAGGUGCAGUUGCAACCGACGCAACACCUAACCUUCUCCACGUCCAGUUCAAGGACCCCGAGUUCCUCUCUUACCUCUCACACCUCCAGUCCACAGGCCAAGUCGCUCCACCAUCCGAUGGCUCCAAAAUCGACCCAAAUCAUCCUCUCACCGAACACAAUGUCAUGGCGUACUUUGCGACUUCACCAUUCUUCGAUCGAAGGAGUAACAAUGAGCAGAUUCGCAUGCAAAACAUUGCGAACGGCAUACAGAACUUGACAGGUGGGAUGGGAGCAAGACAAGAGGAGGAAGAGUUGAAGAGAUUCACAGGGUUGGAAUUCGUGCUGGUACAUAGUAGAGCACCAUUGUGUUUUGUUCUUCAGAAAAGAUGGAGGACUUCUGCUACUGAAACAACUCCCCUAGCGGCGUACUACAUAAUCAACGACUCAAUAUACCAAGCUCCAGACAUGUACUCGAUCCUGGCUACUCGACUGCAAUCGACAGUCUACGGCCUCAAAUCAUCCCUUUCAGCACAACGUCGUGCUCGACCCUCUUUUGAUCCUCGACGUGGUCAUCACGGCAGAUUUAUUGUUCCUGAUCCACCAACAGACUCUGCAACCUCUGGUGCGGGAAAGAAUGGCAACAGCGCUACUCUCACACAGGAAGAUGAAGAAGAGGAGGAAGAGGACGGUGCAGAAGCGCAGGGAGAGGACGAUGAGAUGGAAUUCGAGGAUGUAGCUGGGAACGACGCUCCACCAACAUCAGCGGCGGGUGCACCACAGGUCAAGAGAGCACGAUUCCAUUAG